AUGCAGUCGAGAUGGCUCUUUGGAAUCUUCGGGAUACUCCUGAUCCACUGGACCCAAGCCAAUCCCAUUUCUACCCCUGCCAAAGUGGCCACCGAGUUCAUCAUACUCCAUAAUAAUGAUAUGCAUGCCCGAUUCGAGCAGACGAGCGUGAAUAGUGGCACCUGUUCCCCGGAAGAUGCUCACACAAAUAAAUGCUAUGGAGGAUUCGCCCGUGUGGCCUACGAAGUCCGAAAGUAUCGCAAGGAGGCGAAGGAGGGUGGAACUUCCGUUUUGUAUUUAAAUGCUGGUGAUACUUAUACCGGAACCGCUUGGUUUACUAUUUUUAAGGACAAAAUCGCCAGUGCUUUUCUCAACAAACUGGAACCCGAUGCUAUUUCCCUGGGCAACCACGAAUUCGAUGAGAGAGUAGAGGGUCUGAUACCCUUCCUUAAUGAGGUCAACUUCCCCGUUUUGGCCUGCAAUCUGGAUCUAAGCAAGGUUCCCCAACUGAAGGCCACCAAGCACUUGGCCCACUCCGCCAUUCUGGAGACCAAUGGCACCAAGAUAGGUGUCAUUGGUUAUUUGACCCCAGAUACUAAGAAACUCACUCUCAAUAUGGAUGUGGAGUUUAACGAGGAGGUGGAGUCCAUCAAUGCUGAGGCCAAGAAACUAAAAGCGCAGGGCAUUAAAAUCAUCAUCGCUCUGGGUCACUCGGGUUAUUUGAAGGAUCAGGAGAUAGCCAAGAACUGUCCGGAGGUGGACAUCGUGAUUGGUGGUCAUACGAACACUUUCCUCUACAACGGUGCCCAGCCGGAUGCGGAACACAUAGAUGGACCCUACCCAACGAUGAUCAAGCAGAAGAGUGGCAAGGAGGUUCCGGUGGUGCAGGCCUAUGCGUACACCAAGUAUCUGGGAAAACUUCAUGUUCAAUUUGAUGCUGAGGGCCACCUGAUCAAGUGGGAUGGUGCUCCCAUCCUGCUCAAUGCCUCAGUGGCCCAGGAGCAGGAUCUUCUGGAUCUUUUAGAGGUCUAUCGCCCGAAUGUCACUAGGCUGGAGAAGUCGGUCGUGGGACACUCGAAGGUUCAUCUGGAGGGAAGCAAGCAGGUUUGCCGUGCUGAGGAGUGUAACCUGGGUAACCUGGUAACCGAUGCAAUGGUGUUCAGUCGGAUUUUGGAGGAGCAGGGCGGAGAUUUCUGGACGGAUGCUGCCAUUUCUCUGAUGCAGGGAGGAGGCAUUCGCAGCUCCAUUGAAAAGCGAUCCGAUGGCUCGAUCACCGACAGCGAUAUCCUUUCAGUUCUUCCCUGGAGCAAUGAUCUCUAUAUGGUGCCCAUGUCGGGAAAAAUGCUUCGAAGGGCCUUGGAGCACGGAGCUGGGCUGAGGGGCAAGGAUUCGGAUGGUGGCUUCCUGCAGGUGUCCGGCAUCCAUGUGGUGUUCAAUGCCAAGAAACCCGAGGGUCAGCGCGUCGUUUCCGUGCAAGUUCGAUGUGCCGCCUGCCGAGUACCCACCUACAGUGAUCUUAAUGAAACGGCCAUCUACAAUGUCGUUGUGGGAGAGUUCCUUUUGGAAGGUGGAGAUGGACAUGUCUUUAGGGAUUCAGUACACAAGCCACAGCGCCUGCAAAACAACGAUAAACAGGCUGUUUCCCAGUAUCUUAAGCAGCGGCAGUAUGUUUAUCCCGAGAUCGAGGGUCGCAUCAUUUUCAUUAAUUCCGCUGGAGGACUGAUGGGAUCGGUAGCACUGCUCUUCAUCUCUUCCCUUCUGAUGAAAAUGAUUAGUUAG